GGGCGUAUGUCGUCACCUACCAGGAAGCAGCGAGUAUCCGUGUGUUAGCCAUGAAGCAACUGUGUGAAUGAGGAUCUGUGUACGCAGGGCUCGACCAGAGACUGCAGUAGUUCAACACUAGUGAAUUCAUUGUUCCAAAUGUAAGUAAAUGACAACUUUCUCCCACUAAUGCGUGUUGAUAUAAUAGCCUGUGAACGCGUUAGCAGCGAAGUGAUUGUGUUCAGUUUCAACAAUGCUAACAUUUGCUCAGACUGAUAGCGCUAAAGUCAGUCAUGGUUUAGUGGUUUAAUCCUGCUUCUUAUUUGACAUUGAUUACAGCUGUUUUUUCUUUAAAGUAAAACUCUUUAAUGUUUGUAUAAUAUCAGUUCUGAGGUGAAGUUGCCGUCGGCUAAUGUUGUCGCUUAAACUCAGUCACAGGGAAGUAGGUUUAGAAAUGCAACAGGAUGAUGGUGAAAAGGAUUUCUACUUCUUUCUGCUUUACUCAGUCGUGUUUUCUGUCACUUUGACCAACGAUACCAUUCAUUAAUAUCCUACAUUAUUAAGAUGUUUCAUUUUAAGACGUAAUGGCACUAUACCAUCCUCUCAAAGCGCCAUACCUGCCGAAUAAUGCAGCAAGGUGUUACAGGAGGUUCUUACCUGAAAUUAUCAGGAAAUCACAUUAAAUAUGAAGAUUUUUACUCCAGGAGUAGGAUGGGAGAAACACAACCUGAUCUGAUCACUUGAAAAUGGAAUAUAAAGACAAAGGUCACCUGAAAGCAAAGUAACAUCAAACUAAAAUGAAAAACAGAUCCACAAACUUGAGAUGGGAAAACUUAAUGCAGAUCUUAAUGCAGCCUUUCUUAUUAACAGGGGUUGAAAAGUACAAAAAUACUGUACCUAUGAAGUAAAACUGGCAGUCUAUAUAAUCUACUUAAGUAAAAGUCAAAAGUACUUCACUUUUAAAGUACCUGAAGUACCAAGCACUGAUUUCUUACUUUUAAUCCCAUGGUGCUGGAAACAGUGGAACCCUUAAGCUUUUUUUACCAACAACAUUAACGUGUGAGGUCAUUUUGACUCUGUGAUUAUUCUGGGGGAAAUGUAAAAAAAAUUGUAGCAUCCUUUGUCAGGAUGGUACUUUGUAGAUGGCUCCUUAACACAGUGGUUCUCAAGUCCAGUCCUCGAGGCCCACUGUUUUGGAUGUUUCCCUUCUCCAACACACCUGAUUCAAAUGAUCAGCUCGUUAUCAAGCUCUGUAAUGGCUUAAUAACGAGCUGUUCAUUUGAAUCGGGUGUGUUGGAGCAGGGAAACAUCCAAAACAUGCAGGACAGUGGGCCUCGAGGACUGGAUUUGAGAACCACUGCCUUAACACACGUGGUGACACAUCUGCUUGUUAUAAAAGGCAAAAAUUCACAGUUAAUGGAUUGUUAUGAGGGAGAAAAAAGGCUCCAAAGGCAUCAAGAAUACAUUUCUUGAUGAAAUGUAAUACUGACUUCAAGGAAAAAGUAAUAAAUGGCUUGAAAUAUCUUGAAAGUAAAAGCAAUGAUUAAAAAAAAAUUUUUGAAAAAGUGAACGUAAACAAAAAGCUACUCUGUAUAACUCAAGUUUAUGUAAUUUCUAGAACUUACUUUCACCUUUUCGGUCAGAUAUGCAAAACCUCUCAGGCAUAGGGGUGUAUUUGUAUUUUUUUUUACAUGUUUGGAUUAUAAUGUUCUUUUUACAUAUUUGAUAAUAAAUAAGCGAAUAAUAAAUAAAUAUUUUUCCGAUUCACGGAGUGAAAGAUUGCAAUCCAUAACCAAAAACAUCCUGAAAAGCUACGAUAGGAUUCAAAGUCUUUGAUGCUCAAAAUGAUCAGCUUUACCAAAUUGUGUUUGAUGCAAGAUACCGGCAUGUCCGUUUCCAACUGGUUGUCUUCUUUCAUGUUUUUGUUCUGUAUAAACGUCUUUGGUGGAUCUGGAGCUCUGAUCUGAUCUUUGUGUUUGUGCCAGCAGAACAAUGUCUCCUGAUGAGCUGGUGUACUUGGGAGUCCUUGCUGCUUCCAUCCCUGUAGGAUUUCUAUUCCGUUACCUCAGUGAGUAUUUCAGCUAGGUUGCUCUUUGAACCUGCAUAUAGAUUAUAUUUUAUAUUUGGAAAAAUGAGUUUUUUAUUUGUACACAUUGCUGGUUUGAUAGCUCUGUAAAUUAAUGUGUGAAAUGAACUGUCUUUAUGUAUGUCCACUAAAAUUUUGCUGCGUCAUUCUCAAGUUUUGUGUUGUGAGACAGAAAAUGAUCAGAAAACAGGACUUAGUUUGUUCACACGGAUAAUUUGCAAGCUCGUAUUGCAAGCUGCUGCUUUUUGAGUGUCAACGAACAUUAUGCACAGAAAUGUCACAUGAAUCGCUCUCUGUACUGUGACCUGUAUACUUCUGAAAAGUGCUGAAGUGACAAAUCACUUUUGCUGGUUGACUUUGUUACUUUCUUUAAAUACACUUUCAGACCAGCAAAUCUGACACUUGGCCUGCAUGAUAUGUAAAACAAACUGAAGUGUGUAGUUACAUUGCUUAAUAUUAACAAGAAAUGGAUUAAAAAAAUACUUAAGAAUAUAUAUGAGCUGAAAUAACGAGCAGUUUGUGAUGUCUAUAUGGUUUCAUUAUGUUCUUUAGAUUGUGUAUGUUUGCAACAUUUCUCUCCUGAAUCCGUGACACAUCUUUUUUUUCAUGCUGGGAGAGAAAACAUUGAGUGCAACUUAAACAUGAAAUCAUUGUCUUAUUUAUAGUUAUAAAUUUUGCAAAAUGGUUCAUGCAAACUCUUUUGAAAUUUGUGAUUUGUUGUGCAACCCUAAUUACAAUCCGAGAUAUUUUCUACUCUUCACAUCACUUCCACUUGCCUGACCUGACAGUUCGGUGCGUUGCAUCGGUCUGUGAUCAUUUCCGUUGUUCAUAAUAGAAGCCUGGUCUGCCCACUUCCUUUUCAGUUUCACACUUUAUGUCUUUGGCCACAACUUUUGUUGAUUCACAUGUCAUAACUUGAGCAAAGGUUUUAUUAGCUCUGUUCGGGCCUCUGAGAGAAACUUAGUGUUUAUGACAAACUCUCUUGUUGCUGAUCUCUGCUGCUUUCCCCGGUGUGUGUACUCCCUCUGCUGGAUGGUUUUGACAAAUUAACAAACUGUUUUACUUGGUUUUCUCUUCAGGCCCUCCGGUGAAGCAGGGAGCAGCUCUUCUACUGGGUCUCACUAUCACUAUCGCCACCUGUAACGUCCACACUCUCCACUCUCUGGUGACAGUGAUUGGAACAUGGAUCAUUAUAAAGAGCAGCUGGCGGUGAGGGAAAACAUGGACUCUUUAACAGACUUAUUUCAUAGAAUAAUACACAGUGUUAGUAAAAAAACAGAACAGUAUGCAUGAAUCUAGGUAAACAAUUAUUUUCAUUUAAUUAAGUCCAUGAAAUGUCAGAAAACUAGAAAAACUUCCCCUCAGGAAAUGGAAAUUGCUUGAUUUGUUUUACCACCAGAAUAAAUCCCAAAAACAUUCAAUAUACAAAUGAAUUUAUUUGAUUUCUGGUCAUGCUUUUUUUUAAAGUCUUGAUGAUGAAAUUAUUGGUAAAGUUGUGGUGGAUUGAAAACUUUUAAUAGAAAUGUGAUUACUCUCCUGUCAAAGUUUCCUGUGUAACACUCACUCACUUGUAACAUGCAUUUUUCCUUUAACAAGGCAUGCACCGGCGCUCAGUCUCAGCUGGACCUUCCUCUACCUCCUCUUCUUUCGGCUGGUCACCUGGUUUGGACUGCCAUCACCAACUCCUUUUUCCAACGCUGUCCAACUACUUCUCACUCUCAAGGUACAGAAAUCUCACCUGGGGAUGAAACUGCAAUUUUGCACUUUAUAUGUCCAUGUUAACGUUUUAACUGUCCAUUCUGUGAUUUUUGUUGUAGAUGGUGAGUCUAGCAAACGAGGUGCACAGCUUCCACAUUGAGAAGAAGAAGGAAGUGAGCAACUUUGCCAAGUCUCCUGUCGUUGACGGUCUGUCCCAGGAGCCCUCACUCUAUGAUAUCCUGUCCUAUAGCUAUUGUUAUGUCGGUAUAAUGACCGGUAAGUCUGUCCAAACGUCUCAGCUUGAUCAGUUUGUGUUGUCUUAUAAUCAUGCGUGUUGUUGUUGUUGUUGAUGCUUGUUUGUGUUUGCAUGAUUUUUAACUGUUGUCUCUCUUUGUCUCACUCGCCGCUACUAUCCAAUAUUGUGUGAGUCCAUAUUGUUUCAGUAUUAUUACAUCGGCUUUUCUUAUACUUCUCUUUUUGCUUUUUUUUACUCAUCUCCCCUACCCACAACACCUUCUCUUCUAUUGAACCAUACUGCCCUCCUCUGGCCCUCUUUGUGUCUUGCAUCGCCCCAUAAAUCCAUUUUUUGUCAAUCACUGUCUUAUCAACGCUUGUCUUUAUUCCCUUAUGUCAUCCCUUCAUUUUCCUGAAGGUCCCUUCUUUCGCUUCCAAACGUACUCUGACUGGCUGAAGCAGCCCAGCCCACAGACCUUGCCCGGCUGGGAGCCGUGCCUGCAGCGUCUGAAGCUGGUUCCUGUCUACGGCGCUCUUUUCCUGGCUGUGAACUCUGUCUUUCCCCUGGCUUACGUUCGCACGGAGGAAUUCCUGGAUCGAAACUAUUUCUUUAGGUACUGUAACAAUUAAUAAAUGCUGUUAAACUGUCAUCAAAGAAAAGUAAAGAUAGAUUUAUUAUAGUCUCAUUGCAGAAAUUAAUCUUGUUUUAUUUCCUGUAAGACAUUUAGAAAAAGAGCAUAAAAUGAAAGCGUUCAAUACCCAUAAGUGUUAUUAGAAGAAAAUAUCGAUUUCAGAGACUUAUCUAAAUUAAAAACAGAUUUACUGCAAAAAAAGCAUCAAAGUUUCAAAUGUGACGUUACUGUAGGAGAACAUUGACAUCUUUUUACAAUAAAUUUUUUUUUUAGGCUGUUCAUUAACCUAAAAAUGAAGAGUCAUAGAAGCUUAAAGGGAUAUUCUGGUGUAAAAUUAAUUUAGGGUCAAACACAAUGAUUGUAUUCGUCCUCUGUCUUCCUGUGAACAGGUUCUUCUACAUGGUAGUUGUGUUCUUUGUGUUUCGGAUGCGUUUCUAUGCUGCCUGGUGCGGAGCUGAGGCCGGCUGUAUCAGUGCAGGUCUGGGCUGUUAUCCAGAGAAAGCCCUGUCCAAACCUGGAGGAGGGCCCACUGUCAACUACAGGUACAUUACCACCAGCACAUCAAGUGUAGUAAAAGAGAAGACAUCAGUAAUUGCUCUCUGACAUCUCGGCCUCUGUGGUGUUAUUCUUCCUUUUGGUCAGUCCUGAUCCCUCCACCGAAGAGAAAUACGACUUCAAGACCAUCCAGAACAUCGACUGUUACAACACUGACUUCUGUGUCAAGGUCCGGCACGGCAUGCGUUACUGGAACAUGACAGUGCAGUGGUGGCUGCAUCACUACAUCUACCCCAAUUCUCCCUUUAAAGCCUACACGCUCAGGUAAGGCACCUCUGUGUGCUGUGUCUCUGCAUCAAAAUGCAAAUGAUUGUUGGAUCUGUGCAACGAGAUAAAAUCGAAGAUAGGAGGAAACAUACAAACUAACAGUACUGUGGAAUCUUUGUCAACCCUUUACUACUUCCUCUUCUCUUCUCCUGAUAUGUAAAUGUAUGAAAAGGGUCACAGUCUGAUAAAUGAAUCCUAACAAACCAAUGUGGAGACUGCUGCUUGAAGGAAAAAAAACAUCUUUUUUGGACUGAUUUGGUUCUUUAGUGAGUCUAUAUAGAAGCAGGAUGGUGGAAAUGUCUCAAACAGCGUAACCAAUGUGUAAAUUUCAGGGUUUUAAUUUUGGACAAUAAUGAAAGUGUGUGGCUAAAGAGUAAAAAGCUCAAUGUUUGUGUAGAAAAUGACUUCUCCCAGAGCCAGCACUCCAUUUUCCCCUUAAAUUUCUUCAUUUGGCAGAAACCAGAAACCCUUAUGAUGUGAACGACCUCGGUUUUUGUGUUUGUAACCCUCAGGGCUGGCUGGACCAUGUUCAUCAGCGCAUACUGGCAUGGACUUCACGCAGGAUACUACCUCUCCUUCCUCACCAUCCCCCUGUGCAUUGCUGCUGAGUCUGCCAUGGAGGCCUCGGUCCGAUCAAAGCUGGGCCCUCGAGGACAGAACAUCUUCGACUGGGUCCACUGGUUCUUAAAGAUGAGGGCAUAUGACUACAUGUGCAUGGGCUUUGUGCUCCUGAAGGCAUCCGACACCGUCAACUACUGGACGUCCAUCUACUUCAUCAUGCACAUCAUUGCUGUUUGCUGUAUAAUUGUUGGCAGGAUCCUGAAAGGAGGGAAAGGGGCGGGGAGGAAAAGAGAGCAGGAGGGGGAGAAGAGGGAGAGUGUGAAAGAGAAAACAGGAGAGAAAACAGACUGAGUGGAAACUAUUUUCAGAUGUGAGAGGACUUGCAUCAUCAUAAACUUUCAGUGAUUGCAUCAACACUCAGCUUUCAUGCAGAAAAUGUCACAAACAUCCAAACAGAUUUUAAAAUACGUGUAAUUAGAUGAAAGUGAGACGUGUAAAAACAAUUUGUGUUCAUGUAAAAAUAAUGUGAACACUAGGAGAGGAAUGUUUGAGCUUGAUGAAUGUCACUUUUUAUAGUAUGGAUGGAGACUGGAGUGUGAAUAGUUAUGAACCCUCCUCAUCUCCGUGUCUGCCAGUACAGUAUGUGCGCUUAUUACAUGCUUAACAUUCCCAGGCGGAAAUAGUUGAAUGAGCCACUUGAGGUUAAAAUCAGGUUAUUGAAAUGUCAAGAUGCUGAGUAGCAGGUCAAGUCCAACAUUAGACCUCGUUAUGGACUUAAAGAUAAUUAAAAUGGGGGCAUGUUUAAUUCGAUUUGAUUGGAUGAGUUUUCGUAAGUAAUGAAACAUUUCAGCAGCAAUCAUUAAUGUGAAAUAGUACAUUAACGCUGGAGUGCAGAGUGAAAACAUAGCGAGGGUAUUUGUAUGCGCCUGUGUGAGAGCGUUUUCAAACGUUUACCAGCUCUUUAACAUUCAUAGCACAAAUUCAAUCCACACACUAUGCUUAUCACAACAGUUUGACUUAAGGAGUAAUUUGCUUGUCAAAUAACUACGACAUGCAAAUGAGGCCUGUUACAUUCAUUUAAUUGAUGCAUUAAAUCAAGCAGCACUGGGUUUUCUGGAACUCAACUAUAUUCAGAUUUUAAGGUUCAAUCAAGGUCCAGACAAGAUUUGUAUCUUUUUCUGUUUAUAUUUAUCAAACAGUUUGUAUUUUUUUUCUACUUACCUCAAGAAUCUUCCACAUUUAUUUGUAUUUCCGUUUGUGAUCCAGUGAAUUCAACUUUUUUUUUUUUGUCCUCUGCCUGUAUUUUUGAGCAAAUCAGAUCACACCAGGAACAUAAACACUGUCAUCUCUGUAGCAGAGUUAAAUGUGGAAGAGCAACAGUCCAUUCACUGCCAAAAUGUCUCUCUGUACUGCCAUCACGGACAUUUCAGGGUCAGGACCAAACAUUUGAUAACAAGACUUUGUCAUUUCCGCUACAGAACUACAAGCUGCCAAUGUCGUUCAUAAAUAGCAGCACAGGUGGAGCUGGGCGACAUAAAAAUCAUCAUCACAAAUUUCAGCCAAACGUCAUGUAAUGCUGUAGUUUUCCAUUAUCCUGCAGUGAAACAAACAAAAGGAACCACAUACCCUACUAUUUGUAAAAGUCUGUCAAAGCAUGUUUGGCAGAAUUUUUAGAAUGAUGACUUUUUAUUAAGAGAGGCUGAUGCCAACAGUUCAUAAAUGGUAGUUUUGAAUUAUCGCCGAGCUCUGACGACAGAAAUAAAUGCGUGAUUGUGGAAAAAUGGUCUUUUGCUACUGUGUCAAACUGUGACAACUUUGCUGCGUCUCUGUUUUGAAUGAGAUUGUCUGACCUUAGAACUGAAAGUCUUUUCCCCUCAGCUGGUCUUCACAGUUACAAAUAUAAUUUGAAUUGCAAACCCCAAAACAACCCUCUGUUUCACUGAUUUUAAUAUUGUACUGUGAUGAUUGUGGUAUUAGCCCCUCUGUUUACUCCUUAUCAUAAUUCAUUUCAGUCUUGUCCUUUUUUCCCCCAGCUUUUCAUACCUCAGCGACUGUAACACUCCCAGCUUUGUAACAGUUGUCAAAUACAUAUCAGCAUUCCCUUGUAAACAUAA